AUGGCACCAGCAGCUCCUUCGGCAUUCAUCUCCGACUCGGCAUCUGGCAGCGGCGUCGUUUUGACUUCAGCCGUGCCGGUAACGGGCUCUCCUCCCUCGGCUAUAGUGCAGAUGGAGUCCCUGUUGGCCUCUGGAGACGUGGCCGGGGCGCAGGACGCCGUGUCUACGUCGUGGACCCAGGAGGUCGAUUCCACGACGCCGGGCUUCGACGACCGCUCUUUGGCGUCGGGCGCUAAACGUCGAACUUCGGCCGAGUCGCUUAGCCUGAGCAACAGCAGCGACGGAGCGCCCACGUGCCGCAUCUGCUUCUUCGGUGACGCGAAGCAGCCGUUGCUGGAGCCCUGCAACUGCCGUGGCACGAUUGGCUACGUCCACCGAGAGUGCCUGGAGCGGUGGAUUCAGCGCACGGUAGACCCCCAGUGUCAGGUCUGCCAUUUCCAUUACACAGUCCGCAAGCAGGCAGAGCCGGCAUGGCGCCUGCUAACGGAUGUCGAGUCCCGCCGUCCAGUGCUCGGGUACCUGGUCUUGGGCGCGCUGUUCGUACUGGGCAUCGCGUUCGUCUUCCCGCUGGCCUGGCUGUACGCGGUGUGCCUGCCCACUCGCAUCGGAGACAAGUUGGCCGCCACCGUGGUCGUGCUGCUAACGGUGCAGAACAUGCUGUGGCUGUACUUUCCUUUCGUCAGCUUCAUGUAA